CAUUUUUCGUGACAGCGUACAGGUGUUGAGGCUUGAGUGUUUGGUGGGAGGUCAAUCGUUGUUUAGAUUUAUACUUAAUUGCGAAAAAAAUGUCAUAUCUACACACUCAUUGGAGAGAUGUUGAUGCAUGGAGGAAGGAAGGGUUUUUACUGUCAACAACAAGCAAUGAAGCAGCUAAAAUGUUUGAUGCGUCCCUUACUCAGGUUGUAGCUCACCUUGACGAUGAUAGUGUUGGUGGUCUGCAGAAUUCAGUAACCAGAAUGUUGGAAGCAGAUCCUGAUUUUGCUUUGGGUCAUGUUGUGGCGUCUAUCUUUGAAGUUAAGAAUUCUAUGGAUGUUGCUCAGUCAUUAGCUUCUAAGGGUAAACUUAACGACAGAGAAAUGCUCCACUUUAAUGCUGCAAAAGCACUGGCUGCAGG